AUGGUGGCCCGAGAGACUGCCCUCUACAGAAUGCCGGCCUCCUCCAGCUGCCUCCGCCAGAGCCUCCAAGUGUUUGCUGUCCUGCAAUGGGUCUUCUCCUUUUUGGGGCUCGCCCAGGUAUGCCUGGCUGCCCUGAUCCUGGUACUCCUAGGCCGGGCCUGGAUCCUAGCGGUCCUCUACCUGGUCUGGCUCUACAGAGACAGAAACACGCCCUGGGAGGGAGGCCGUCGCUCGGCCUGGGUCCGAAACUGGGCCAUCUGGAGCCAUUUCCGUGACUACUUCCCCAUCUCGCUGGUGAAAACCACAGAGCUGGAUCCCUCCCGGAACUACGUCUUUGGGAUCCAUCCUCAUGGGGUCAUGGUCAUCGGGGCCUUCAGCAACUUCUGCACAGACGCCACUGGCUUCUCCCACCUCUUCCCUGGCCUGCGGCCCCAUCUGCUCAUGCUGCCUUGUUGGUUCAAUCUCCCCAUCUUCCGGGACUACAUCAUGUGUGCGGGUUUGGUGUCCUCUGACAAGGCCAGUGCUUCCUAUCUCUUGUCGCGGCCUCAGGGUGGCCAAGUGGCUGUCUUGUCCGUGGGAGGGCCCCUGGAGGCGCUGGAGGCGAAGCCUGGAGCGCUGACCUUGCGGAUCCGAAAUCAGAAGGGAUUUGUCAAGUUGGCGCUGGAACACGGGGCCUCUCUGGUGCCAGUCUUCUCUUUCGGAGAGAACGAGCUCUUCCAGCAGUUUCCGAACCCGCCGGGCUCAUGGGUGCGAAGGGCACAGGAAGGGCUGCAGCCUCUGCUGAGAGUGGCCCUGCCGCUGUUUCGCGGCCCCUGGGGCCUCCCCCUGCCCUUCCGCAGCCCCAUCCACACCGUCGUGGGGGCCCCGAUCCCAGUGCAGCGAAUCCAGCGGCCCAGCCGGGAGCAGGUGGACGCGCUGCACGCGAUCUACGUGGAGCGGCUCACGCAGCUGUUCGAAGAGCACAAGGCGCGCUACGGCGUCCCGGCCAACAGGCACCUCCUCCUCAUCUAGGCGCGCAGCCGGCCC